AUAACGCCAUCUGCCAUUAUCAGAACGUAUAGUUUCUCUCAUUUUACGAGAAAAAAAACAUUUUCUAAGAGAAAAUAAUUGUAUUGGAUAAAAAAAGAGAACAUGCCGGUUCAUGGGUUAGACUGAAGUCUUUGAGGGGUGACGCAGCGAUUUACACUGCAACGUUUGUGAAGCCAGAAUAAAAAUGUCAAGUAUGGAGGAGACAAUGAAUCGAGAACGUACCCAAGAAGAUUUCGUUAAAGAUCUAAAUUUUAGUGAUGUUGAUCCUGAAGAUCCACUUACCAAGGCAGCACUCAGUGAUCCUAUUGAAGAUGAGUGGAUGGACAUACUUGGAAAUGGCCAGUUAAAGAAAAAAACUCUUAUCAAAGGAAAGAAGAACACACGUCCGCAGCGAAAUGAUAUUUGUACUAUUAAUAUUGUUGGAAAAUUAGAGAAUGGCAAGGAAGUUGAAUGUUUCAUCGAUGUUGCGAUACAGUUAGGAGAUGUUGAGUUGAUCCAGGGUCUAGAUUUGGCUAUAGCACUGAUGGACGUUGGAGAGGCAGCAGAAAUUGUAAUAGCCCCAAGAUUUGCCUAUGGGGACAUUGGGAAAGAGCCGGACAUCCCUCCUGGAGCCACACUAUAUUACAAUGUUAAUCUAAAAGCCGUAAAAAUGGAACCUGAAAUCGAAGAGAUGGGCUUCACACAGAGAAAAGAGUUUGGCAACAGAAAACGUGAACGUGGUAACUGGUGGUUUGCCAGGGACGAGCCUACUUUGGCGAUUCAGUGUUACCGAAGGGCAUUAGAUUUUCUCCAACCCUCAGGAGACGACCAUAAAAAGAAACCCGAAGAUGUUAUAACUGAUUCUGAAUUACAAAUUCUUCUUGAAGAGAGAACGAAAGUCUACAAUAAUCUUGCAGCCGCACAAAUAAAGACCGAAGCUUACGAAGCCGCACUUGAAAGUGUCGACAAUGUUUUGAGAGCUAAUCCGAAGAAUGUGAAGGCAUUGUUCAGAAAAGGACGAAUUCUUCAUAAAAAAGGUGAGCACGCGAACGCAAUAUCCGUCCUUCAGAGUGCAGCGAAGCUUGACCCGGAUUCCAAAGAAAUUAUUCGUGAAUUAUCCAUACUAAAGGAUAAGAGUGCGAGAGAUACUUUACACGAGAAAAAUCUCUAUCGUAAAAUGUUGGGAAACCCCAAAGAAUCCAUGCAAUCUUCCAAGAAAACUGUUUCCGCAUCAAACAGUACGGGAAGACUCGCUUGGAGUCUCAUCGGUGGUACCAUUGCUGCAAUCGCUGGUGUUAUUGUGUACAGAUUGACAUUUUAAUGAAAAAAUCACUGAUUUACAUUACCAUUUAUAUAAUAAUGAUAAUAUAAUUGAUAAGAAAAAAAUAAGAUCAAAGAUAUCUAGUAACGUACUGUGGGAAAUACGUCUGUUACUGAUCAAUUUUUGGAAAGAAUUUUUGAAUAAUACAGUCAACAUUCCAAAUGCGAUCGUCUCUCCUCCUUUUCCCUUCAUCUCCUACAUAAACAAAACUUAUCUCAAUCAUAAAUUCAAUUUUACGAUAGUCAAGAUCAAAGGUCACAGCUUAAAAUUAGACCUAAAAACAUGUAAGACUUGAACAAGAAAAUCAUUUAAAAAUCAAAAGACAAAAUUGAAGAAUUACUUCGUGCAUGGAAAAUUCUCUUUCAACGUUUUCCAAUGAAAUACGAGUCAAUAAUUGGUACGAGACAAGUAAAUAAUGAGCUGCAACGGUUAAAAGACAAUAAUGAGGCACUGAAGAGGGGGAUAAUAGCGUGGACUGAUCGACACUGUGCGGCUAGUACGUAUUGAGAUUCGUAGUUGGAAUGUGCUGGUUCAAAGUGUAUAUCUUCAUCGAAAAAUAAAUAAGAAAAUUAGUGUCUUGAUUCAA